AUGAGGGCCUUCGUUGGUCAACGGUCUGUUCGCCUGGCUAAGGGCCUCUCGUCGCCCUCCCUGCAACAUACUAGUAUCAGUCCCCGAUGUUUUAGGGUGCCAGGCCCUAAACUAUUCCACUCGUCUCCUGUACUAUGCCAGGUCCAGCCGUACUUGCUUGCCGAUAUCGGUGAAGGAAUUACUGAAUGUCGCAUUGUACAGUGGUUUGUCAAGUCCGGAGAUCGUGUUAGUCAGUUUGAUCCCAUUUGCGAAGUACAAUCGGACAAAGCUUCUGUUGAGAUAACAUCUCGAUAUGAUGGCGUGAUUACAGCAAUUCACCACCAGGUGGAUGAGAUGGCGAUAGUUGGAAAGCCGCUCCUGGACAUUGAUGUUGAAGAUGAGACUUCACCUGAUAUACCUCCACAAGGCGAUACCGCACAAGACACAGCGACGACGGGGGGUGAUGCCGAGCCGGAGUCUACCAUGGUCACAUCAACAAUACCAGAAGAACCAGCCGUGAAACUGGAACCCAAACACUCCGGGCUUGCCGCUCCGGCAGUGAGGCGCAUUAUGAAGGAGCAUGAUAUCGACAUCAGUAAAGUUGCCGGGACAGGUAAGGGUGGUCGUGUGCUGAAGGAAGAUAUGCUGCGCCAUCUCUCACAACAAGACAGCAUGUCCCCGGCACCGGUGCUCAACGAUACAACUGCCAAUGAAGCCCAUGAGACUGUGCGCCUCUCACCAACGGACAGCCAGAUGUUUAAGGUCAUGACAAGAGCUCUCAGUAUCCCUCACUUCGGAUAUACCCAUAAUGUCGAUUUAACUUCGUUGACGAGAUUUCGCCGGAAAAUCAAUGCUCGGGCCGAGAACUUGCCUGGGCAUGACAAAACUUCUAUGACACGGUUGAGUGCUUUGCCUUUUAUUCUAAAGGCACUGUCGCAAACAUUUAGCAAAUACCCGAAACUAAACGCUCACCUGGAUCCUGGAAGUGAUGGCGAUGCGCCGCAGCUCACGAUCAAACAUUCCCACGACUUCGGUAUAGCAAUCGACACACCCAGCGGCCUUCUUGUUCCGGUGGUAAAAGGCAUCCAGAACCAUUCUAUUAUCUCCCUGGAUGCAGAGAUAAAGCGGCUGAGUGCCCUUGCUAAAGAAGGCAAGCUUGCGCCAUCCGACAUGAAAGGAGCUACAUUUACGGUGAGCAACAUCGGGAGCAUAGGAGGCGCUGCAGUCAGCCCUGUUAUUGUUCCUCCCAUGGUUGCCAUUCUCGGUGUUGGAAAGGCUGAGUCUGUGCCUAUGUUUAUCGACAACGAGCAAGGCGAGAGUCAGAUUGCCAGGCGCGAAAGGGCCGUUCUCAGUUGGAGCGCAGACCACCGGGUUCUCGACGGCGCAUCGGUGGCUAGGUGUGCAGAGAGCCUGGCGAAAUCUUUGGAAAGCAUUGACGAGCUUGGGCUGUCUUUGAAAUAG